AAACUAUUGAAAAUCUAUGAUUGCCUAGUUAGGAAAUUCACUCUUGAAGACUUACCAAUUGUUACAUCUACCACCUUACUAACGCAGGAAUCAGGAAAACUACUUUUUCGAUUCCUGCUAUGUUUUGUUUUAUAAGGAAAAAGGAAAGGUCCUUAGCUUUUGUAAGUAAUGGCUGGGUAGCUAUAUUCCAAAAACCGCUCAACGGUACUUCAGAAGCUUUGAUCACUUUGAGUGUUAUUUCACAUGAAGAGUUUCAAGAAUUGAGCGACUUUGAACCUUUGUAUGGAGAAAAGCCAAUCCAUGGCAUAUUAGGAACGUUUUAUUACUCGUUUGGAAACGGUAAUGGUAGCGUUUUCAUAUGUGUUGUUCGAUCAGCAAAGCUAGUACUCCAAAUGGGAAUGAAAGAGCCAACUUUCCAGAUACAGUCUGUUGAUUUUGUUUCUUUGGAUCACGACGUUUGGGACGAUAGCAUUGUCAACGGUGACUCAGACAGAACGUAUGAAUUAUACUCUUCGUCUAUCCAAGACCAUCCUAAUCCAACUUUGGGGGAUCGAACGAUUCUAAGCUCUACAAAGGUCAUUGAAUAUCAUCCACUAGCUAGUCUAAGUGAACUGCUUACAGAUGGUACUUUUUAUGCAUCGCCUGACAUUUCCUGUUUUACGAGAGUAGACUCAGACACACCAAGUUCAUCCUGGGAGAUUUAUUGCUGGAAUCGAUUCAUGAUUCGAGAAGUUGCUACGCAUUUUGAGGAGGCUCAGAUUGGGGACAAACUGCCCUCAUUAUUAUUACGUUGCUUUCGUGGCUAUGUCGAGUCCUAUGAUAACAGCUUUUACUCAAUGGCCAUUAUAUCAAAACUCAGUAGUUAUGGCUCUCAACAAACGUAUCCUCCGUCUGGUCUGGAUGAUGAUGCUUUUUGUUCUCUAUUUGUGGAAACUGAGUUUGUCGUCCAGGCGAAAAAAAAAUUAGCUAGCUUUUUGCAGGUUCGCGGAACCGUUCCUUGUUUUUGGGAGCAAGAAUAUUCUUCUUGGUAUGGAGGCUACGUGUCAUUCACAACGUCCGAGCAGGCAAGCCAAGGUGCUUUUAACCGUCACUUCCGUAAACUACAAAGAAUUUACAAAGAAAUUUUCGUUUUGGAUCUCUUAGAUGAAGGUAAAGUGGAAGGUCCAUUAAAACAAGCUUACAAGCAUCAUUUAAUGCUACUUCCUUUCCCAGCUGUUACGAAGCAAUUUCAUAUUGCAUUGGAUGCAAAUAAAUCAAAUUUUGAGACUGGUUUUAAGAAAAUAAUGCGUGAUGCACUCAAAGACAUGUCAUUUUACCUUCAUAACUAUGAAUCAGAUCUUCCCUCCUCAGUUCAAAAUGGUGUAAUUCGCACAAAUGAUAUAGAUUGCCUUGGGCGAACAAACCUGGCUCAAUGGAAAAUUUCAGAAAUAACGUUAAAAGAUAUGUUCAACUCCAUAAAGGCAGAUCUUUCCGAAAAAAUUCGUGAAAUACAUGGUCAGCUUUGGUCCAACAAUGGGGAUGCUAUUGCCAAAUUGGUGACUGGAGUUGGAUCCAUCGGUUCAAGUAUUUCUAGAAGAGGGUAUUCUUCUCUCGCCGGUUCCUUAAGUGAUUUGACAAAGUCAUUUGGUCGAAUGUACCUCGGUAGAUUCCCGGAUGAGGAAACUCAGAAUACUAUGUUAUACCUCCUCGGUGCCUUCUUAGGACAGAGAUCGGUUUUAAUUGCUGAUUCAAUGUCUACUUAUGUUCAAGGGGUUUUACAUCAGCGUCACGAUGAAUAUGUUACUCACAAUGAAUGUUCGCUGUACACCACGACUUUUAAUACAAACGGAAAAGUUCCUUCUAUGGAAGAUUUCAAGAAGUGGCUUUUUCCAUACGGUGAACAUACUCCAGUAUAUGAUUUGUAUGUUUUAGGUAUUCAAGAAUUGGUUAACUUAAAUAUUGGUCAUCUUGUGAAUACAAGCUCUCAAAGGAUGAAACUUUGGGAAGAAAAAAUCUUGCAAACAGUGAACUCCAAUAUUCAAAACAUUAAAUAUGUCCUGAUUAGCUCUGCUCAAAUGACUGGUGUUUUUCUUACUAUAUUUGUUCGGGAAGACAAGCUAAAUGCCAUCUCAAAAGUAUCGAAAGCUACCCGAAAAACAGGUUUUGGAGGAUUUACAGCAAAUAAAGGAGCGGUGGCUAUAGAAUUAAACUUUUUUGAUACGGACAUGUGUUUUAUAUCUUCCCAUUUUGCACCAAAGACUAACAAUGUUAUGGAGCGUAAUAUGGAAUAUGCAUCAAUAGUGGAUGGACUAGUAUUUUCGUCUGGCAUGAAAAUCUACGAUCACAGCAAUAUUAUUUGGCUGGGUGACUUUAAUUAUCGCAUUGACGCAGAUAACGACGAUGUUCGAAAACUAAUUGAAGUUGGUGAUUUGAGUAAGCUAUAUUCGUUUGAUCAGCUACGGAAAGAAAUGGAUGCAAAACGUGUUUUUCUAAACCUCACUGAAAGUCAGCUUACUUUCUAUCCAUCCUACAAGUUUGACAAUGGCACUGAUGAUUAUGACACAUCGGAAAAACAGCGGGUUCCAUCGUGGACCGAUAGAAUUCUGUCAACCAAAAAUAACAUUAGAACAGCGUACACGUCGAUUAAUGUUCGUUGUUCUGAUCAUCGUCCUGUUAUAUCAACAUUUAUACUACACAAUAGUAGAACCGAUAAAGACAAAGAAGCUGAAAUCAUUAAAGAAGCUAGGAACGCCUAUAUUACGAGUAAACAUUCAUGAUGUCUUAAUCCCGAUCUUUAUGUUUAUAUUUAUUUAUGUUAAAAUUUUUGUUAAGGAAUAAUAGCUUAUAAUAGUUUAGUUGAAUAGAAACAAGCAAGAACAAAUGACAAGACUAACCAAGUGGAAGUGUACUUCAAAAUUAAAGAACUAUAAUAUAGACACUAAGUAAUUAACAAAUAAAAUU